GGCAAGAAAUGGAGACUGGAAAAUAAAACAUGUUUCUUUGUUACGGGUAGAACCCAGUUGAAAAGGCUGAAAUCUGGGAAGAUUUUGUUUCCUUCAAGAAUGACGACUACAGAAGAAUGCGCAUCUCCUGCAGCGCUGGGCGGUCCACUAGAGAGCAAUGAUGAGGUCACCGUUCUCUCCACUUUGCUCCUGUCUGUUCUCCUCAAACUUGAAGACAGGGAACACCGUAUCCCUCUCAGCGAGUCUCCCGUGGGUAGUCCCUGCAUAAAGUGGGCGGGAAAGGGAACGUCCACGCUGCUAAGCGAGGAUGCGACGUUGCUAUAUGAUUUUGAGGACAUUGGUUGCGAUGAUGAUGAAAGUAACGGAUAUGAGAUCUACCGUGACAUAGACACAGGUGUCCUCCAAGACGGUGAUGCGAUUCUCGAUCUCCAUGGGUACAUUACACCAAGGCAGGGAUCUAGUGAUUUACUCAUAAAUCUAUCAUCCGCCUCGAGCAUCAAAUCUGAAUGCUCUACCAUGACAAAAACGACCUCAGCCACAGGGAGUGCCGACGAGGCUAGCACACCCCAAGACAUCGUCUUGACCUCCCAGACAGGAUCUGGCGACACCACCUUGCGUCCAGCGCCGUCAGUCUACCAGGAGUCGGCCGUCCGCAUCGUCAGUGAGGCUCUCGUAAGAGCCAUCGCCAACGUUUUCACCAACGGCGUUGUCAGACGGAGCGUACGGUUCCUCCACCGCCGACCUUGCCGGGAUGCCACGGUCUGUUGGGAAAACUGGAGCACGUCGACCAAUGUCUCCAAUGGAAACGGGGAUGAUGGCGAAGGAUGCCAAGAUGGCGGCGAUUAUCACGGUGUGCAAAUCGUCGAUCAGUCUCUGCCCGUGGUCUCAGAGGACGGAAACCCGACUAAACCAACGACUAAGAGCCCCAUCUCCACUGACUGGCUCCUGGACGUUAACCGACGCAUCGCGACGAACCAAGUCACCGCGGACCUCGCCGACUUGAUGCCCCCCAGUGUGGCGUCGAACUGCGACGUCAGCCGAUGCUCUUCCGUCUCUGUCCUGUCUAGCGGCGACCGCACCCUGAAGGUCAGAGCCACGCCCCCGGUGCAGAGCAAACUCUUGUGGAGAGUGGUCCAAAAGAUGAAUGACGGCAACGGCACUGUCUUGAAGACACUGCAAGACGCGGAGAGGCCACGUGGCGACUCCCAAACUGACGUGCAAGUGUCUGAUAGACAUGCACCGCAUCAAGAGGACCCCAACUUGAAGACAGAAAAAGUUAUCCUACGUGCACGGUUAUCUGUCGGUUACUCGAAACAUGCAACUGAAGAAAGUUCUCGUAAGGAAAGUCAAGAGAAAGAUUUGCCCGCUGAAAGAGAGACCUCUUUCCGCGAAUCUGCUGCUCAAACUGAGGACGCGGAUUUCCAGCAUGCCGAUAACAGACAUUCGGAAGUAGACGAUUCAGAUUCGGUAGGAGAAGCUACUGUUAACCAUUUUCGGACUCCGCAGGUUGUCCAGGCACAUCAACCUCUGACAAAAACAAGGGGCCUGCCGCCAGCUGCUAGCCCUUUCUUGAUCGACGUGGUCUGGCGACACGCAUCCCACCCGGACUUCACCUCCCAAGAAAUGAUGGCUCUCAAAGCUUCGUACGCUAAGGAGAGUGUUCGCGAGAGGCAGCAUGCUCAUGGCGUGGUCGAGUCCGCUCUUCACCGGGCCGUCAGCUCACUUGUGGUCCAAAGAGUGAUCAGUGACACUGUGGCAAGUCUGUCAAGUAUAGAAUCCUUAAAAGUCGAUUUCAGACGCACCCCGUCGUUCGAGAGGGCUGCGGCUGAUUUGCCUGGAAGUAUCGUGGACGGUUUCCAGUGGUAUCCUUACCUCGAAGACGCCCCAGCUGAGCCGUGCAAGGCUUCCCCUCCGAGACGCGGCCGUCAAGGCGACGAAAAAAAACAAGAUGCACCUCUCGUUGCCAAGCAACCAAGCAGCGAGUCUUCAGACACGUAUGUGGAUGCCAGAGACAAAUUUGGAUCCUCGGACGACCUACUGACUCAAGAUGCCAAAGGUCACGAAGCUAGCAGUGACGACGAUGAUUUUGCUGAUGCCGUUUGCGACUCGGAGUGUAUCCUCAUAAGCGAAAUCAUUAAGACCUCUGACAAAUCCGUGCAGGUUUCAUCCAUCCAAAGUCCAGGCUGCGAUGAAGAAUCGAGGAUAGAACCGGUACAGUUGGAACUCCCCAUGGAAAGCAUCAACUUCAUUAAGGACCAGUUUUAUGACAUCAAAGCACUGGUUACAAAGUACCGAGAGUUGCUGUAUGAACCCACGCCAGUUAGUGAGGUAGAGAUGGAAGGAAUCCCAGCACGACCAGAGAAGAAGUCAGAGAGUGAGCAGUACGGAAGGUCUCUGGAAAAUGAGAAAGUUGCUAGGAGAAAAACUCCAGAAAAGGGAGAGCAAGACGUGCGAUGUCCAGUUGUGAGGAAAGGGGAACCUAGGCAGAGGCUUAAAUCCGGGAAGAAAAAAGACGGAGAAGUUGAGAAAGAAUCGGGAGAGAUAGGGGCGCCGUCUGGAAGUAGGUCAUCCAGAGUCGCGCAAAAGCAAGAAACCACGAUGGUUGAGACGCACGACAAAGAUCGAGACGAGGCUGAUGUGUCAUCCAGUUCGGAAGUAGAGCCUUUUGAGUCCGUGUACGAAGAGUCGUCAAGUGAGGACCUGGGCACGGCAUCCAGGCACAAACCCAGGGUGGAGGCCGGCAAAAGAAGAGGCAGGGAUAAGAGAUGGGAUUCCUCGCCGACCAAAGGUAAGACAGUUGUCUCCCCUCGCAAGCUGAGGAAGGGGACUACCAAAUUGAGAACACCAGCCGGCCGUUCAGGGCGAGUCACAUUUAAUAGGGAGAAAACUACACCAGAUGGGUUUCUGCCAUCAAAAUCGGAGAAAGGAAGACCGAAGAUUUCGCCGCGUCACCUGAGGAAACAACACCAAAGACCUGGCAGAUUAAGCGGAUCAGGAAAACGCACUGCUAAACGUCAUAUAAAGCAAAGCGCAUCAUCUCCGAAGACAGAAAAUGAUAUCUCUCCCGAGACAGAUGACAUUUCCCCAGAGAAUGCACCAAAAGUUAAGAACCGUAUCUCGUUUUUCGAGAGGAUUUCAAGACAUAACGUCAGUGGAAAGGAUGGUAUCCGACCCUCAAAAGUUCGAGACCGCACUCUGAAGCUGAACACGCCUGUCAAAGAGGCGGUGUCAAAUAUGGAGAAGUUGGAGAAAAUGUCAACCAAAGUGUCCAAGGAGAGGUUUAAGGAUGAAAAGGGGACGGACGGCAAGAGACACAUUAACUUCAAGCACCACCGGGAGAAAUUACAUUCAAGUCAAAAAGACGGUCACAAACGCAGGGAUGGAACUGUGGUCGCAAGAGAGAAAAGUGGAGAGUCCGGGAUCGACUCUUCUCCUGGGAAAGGGAUUUGGAAAAACGCUGCUUUCUUCGAAGCCCUCGGAAAAACGGACGAACCGAAGGUUAAAGCAGAAAGGCCUCCUGCCAGAGUGAGGAAAAUUCUAGAGGAGGGGCUCUUUGAUGAAACUGCAGGCGCAGGGAAGGACGAAACGACUGAGGACUAUCAACCGGCUCCUGAUGAAGAUGUAGAAAGGUGCAGAUUUCCAACGGUUGUUGACAAGGGUGAAGCUGAAAGUAGUCCAUCAACGCUAACGGGGAAGAAAGCGAGACUGAGAAACAAAAAUGCCAACAAUCAAACGCUGGUGGGUCAACUGGUGUCGCCUGAUAGUAGUUGCAUCUCAAGCAGUCGACUAAGUGAAAUAGGCGAAAUCGAAAAUGUUGACCGUGGCCUAAACACAAUGAUCUCUACUGAAAAAGACGAUAGUCCAGAAACAGAGGAAACGGAAGAACCGUAUACAACUGCACGAGAAGAAAACAAUGACGAGGCCGCACUUUGUCCCUGUAAAAGUACUAAUUCGGAAGAUCUGCAGAUAGGCAUAGUACCGACACAUUUGGAGGAACUAAACGAACUGUCACAAAGCACAUCAUGUACUAAAGAAAGUGACGGCGAGACAAACUUGACUCAUAAGUCAUCCUCAGAUGUAUUUGUUUCAUUGGAGGCCAAAUCAAGCGCAGAUCCGUGUACAGAAACAGCACAUGAUACACUUCGUGAUUCCUGUGAAAGCAUGCAGUCGGCAACUCCUGAAGGAAGACUGCCAACGCCAACUGCCGAGAAACUGAGUGAAGACGUUUGGAGUUCCCCAGUAAAAUCCUUGGCAGGCCACACGGGGCAGCUGCAAGAUGAAGCAGGCCUUGAGCAAAAAUCGUCGGCUGAAAUGGUUGGGGAACCGGGCGAAGAUGAAACUGAGAGAUCAGAAACUGGUUCUUGUCUCUUGCAACAUGACCAUCAGCAGGUAAAGGUGAUGGGAAGCUCGCCGAUGACAGCCAGCCGCCCUCGUACUCCCACAAGUGAAGAAGAAAAUAAUCAAGCGAAAUUAAAAGACCAAUCCCAUCCUCUUAACGCUUCCGGAGAAGUUGACGACGUUGACAGUUUAGAUCAUCUCCUCUCUCCACUUUCCACCAGCUCCCCACUACCUCGGAAAAGUUUUAUGAGCAGCGACAGCGUACAGUCCGCAAAUACUGACGGGGAGGCGAUCGGAGUCGUCGGCUCUCCUCGCGUUCCUGGGAUGGAUGAAGUUCUCAGGACAUUCAGAAACGCAUCCUUUCUCCGUGCCUGCAAUCCCGAAGAUGGCUUCAGUGAAGACACUGAAGAUAAUUUCAUCACGUGCGAUGAUGCAGAUGAUCCGCAAGACAUACAAGGGAUGAGAGGGGCAACGAGUGUGGCUGACGACAAUCUCCAAGGAACCACGAUAUUCGGCCCUCAUGCAGACGCUUCUCCGAAAAGUUCUCCUUAUUACACUGCCGCUGUGAGUAAAGAAAAUACCCCAGGUGAUGCAGACGACGUCAGCUCCUCCGAGAAGAAAUUACCAGAUCAGAAACUGAGCAAAAAGAAACGAUGGAGAUGCAACUUCUUUCAGAAGAGGAAGAGAUUUAAGACACAGACGAAAAAGGAAGCUCCAGUUCCCAUGGAAACCGGUGAACAGAGUUUGACCGGUAUUAACCGUGCUGAUGACAAGACAGACCUUUCUCCACCCGCUGACAAAGCGCAUGCGAUUACCCUGGCGACAUCAGCUGGGGCUCGUGUGGAGGCAGAAACGCCGGCCAGUGUUGGUCAGCUACCAGUGCCAUCUCAGAAACGGAAAUUCACACUCGGAAGUCCAAGGAGACCGAAGAAACAUAAAACCUCCAAGAACUUAUGAUUGGCUUGAUAACAAAGAAGGGAUAUCUUAUGAUGAAAUGGGAUUGGAACUAGCUUAUCUUUGACGAACGAAUAAAUCCCUCAUUUCUUUAGUUAUAUUAAACACCCACCUCCACGGGCGAUACACCAAAUAAAAACAGAGUUGUGCGGCUAAGUGUAACUUCAGAUUUUUUUAUGAUUAGCGAGAUAAAACGGAGGGUUCCAUUCGGCAUAAGGUGAUCAUUUUGCUUCUCCAGAACAAACACGAGUAACAGAAUAAAGAUGAUAUAUUUUAAUCGCAUCAAAUUGUAGAUAAACUAUAAUUUCAACCUUCAUAAUGUAAAUAGCAAGUUAGAAUUUGGGUAAGUUAAUUGGUAUUAAAUUUAGGUUAACUAUUAAUUACCUUUACAUUGUUAUUCAAUUUAGCAUCUUUACAUAUUAUGAAUAAUUCACUACCCGAAAAUUCCUGAGAUGUUUAUAUGACCUGUACUUAAAGAAAUUCGAAUUCAUUGCACUGCUGAUUGCUUUUUAUUGCUCUAAUAAUUGUACAAAGAUUGCAUAAUUCAGUAGUUGAAAUUUGCAUAAUUUUUUGGUGAAAUGAAAUAAGCAAAUCUGGAAUACAAAGUGAGGGCAAACCACUAUUUCAUCAAACAUUUUAGAAUUUCAUAAUUUAAUUUUGGAAAGCUAGAAUACAUUGUAGUGAUGGCAUGGAAACUCAACAACAAAAGUCCCAAAAAGUAAGGUGUCAAAUAUGAUUUACAUUCAUUAAUUUAAAAGAAUUAUCAUACACAGUAUGAUACUUCAACAAAGAAACCCUGCUUAUAAGAAAUGCAUAUGGAUAUAAUUUAUAUAAAUCCAAGUGAUUGAAUUCACUUUAUCACAUACUGUAUCAAAAAUAUUCGAAGCAUAUUUAGAGUAUUCUACUUUACAUAUUGGCACAAUGUUCAAAUAAUUGUUCACACUACAAACCAUAACUAAUGUGCAGAAAGUAUUGAGGAAAAUACAGUAUCUUUAAAUGACAGAGAUUAUUUAGUAUACAAGAAAGACUUUCCAUAUUCUAACAAUAAUUAAAUACAAUUUUCAUGAUUCAACCACAAAGAAUGGUGUACAAAACAUUUCAGCGUUUUGGACGAUUUCAAUUCUUCAAAUUAAAAAUUCACAGAAAGUACUGUGAUAGCACCGUGGACGUAAAAAAUCAAAGAUUCAAAGAUUUAAAUAUACACACUGAGUUGAUUUUAAAAGUGCCCAUUCUUGGAUAUUUCACCUCACUCACAGAGAAGGCAUUAAAGUCUUAAUACAUGACAUUGGGACCAACUGACACACAUCUUGUAUCAUUACCC